AUGUGGAUUGGCCGAAAGAACUAUAAGGGAACACACGGAAUUCUGGACAAUAUCGAGAGGAACCAGACACUGGUCACAGAGUUUCUCCUUCUGGGCCUUGGAAACCUCCACAGAUUCCGGAUUCCACUCUUCAUCGUUUUUCUGAUUGCUCACAUCAUGGCCAUAACCAGCAAUGUCCUAGUUAUUACCUUGGUGGUGGCCAACCAGACUCUACACUCUCCCAUGUACUUCUUUCUCAGCCAGUUGUCCUUGUGUGAAAUCCUCUUCACCAGUAACCUUGUCCCUAACAUGUUAUGGUUGAUAUGGUUAAAAUUCUGUGACCUCGACGUCAUCAAUCACUUUUUUUGUGACAUUCCUCCACUUGUGGAGAUUUCAUGUUCCGAUACGUACUUCAUGAAACUGCUCACGUCUCUUGUGUCCCGUGCGGUGGUUCCUUUUCCAUUCUUGUUUAUUGUGGUGACCUACAUCUUCAUCCUCCGAGCCAUCCUGAAGAUCCCAUCUACCACCGGCAGAAAGAAAGCCUUCUCCACCUGCAGCUCCCAUCUUAUUGUUGUUUGUACGUACUAUGGCACGUUGUCUACAGUCUACAUCUUGCCACCAAGAGAGAACUCUGUAAACACCAACAAGGGCCUGUCUUUGCUUUACAUCUUGGUGACCCCUUUGUUCAAUCCUCUCGUCUACAGUUUGCGGAAUCAAGAUAUUAGAGCUGCCGCUGUCAAGUCUCUCAAAAUGUUGAGUUGGCAAAAGCUUUAG